GCUAGAGAUGGAUCGGUACCCCGGUCCGAAUCACGAACGGUCAGUCUGUAUGUUGUAGUAGUUUGUUGAACCUAUUUACACCCGCAGCAAAGGGGGGCCUUUAUUCGUCGAAAACGGACGGACAAAAGUAUUCAGCCUACUCGGUCGCCGAGCCGUCAGUGUCGUUGUUUCCUCGGGUCGCACCGCGUCGACAACAACAAGAACAGUCGUGUUGCAGAGUGAACGUGUCUGGAGACAAUCUCGACAGGGGACCUUUUCGAAGGAAUUUCGUAUCGCGAUGCGGUUAAAGGACGUUUUUUGGGUUGUUUUCCUGGCGCCCGUCCUCGGUUUCAAGGUGCACAACGUGGUGGACAUCGUGGGUAUGUCCAAGGACGUGGUGGUCGGCCUGGACAAGGUAUGGGACAUAGUGGAGAACCAACUGGAUCCGGACAUGCCACAUCCGUUGAAGAACAAAGGGGAGGAAAGGUUAUUCAGGAAGAUGAACAAGCUCAACAUCAAACUUGACGAAUUGUCGGCGGAGGUCAAGAGCGUAGGAGACCACACUCUGGCCUCCCUGAUGCGUUCGAUACCGGAACGCGUCCGUCUCGAGCUCAAGCUGAACGACCUGCAGGACUACAUCACCAGGGUGCACAUCAGCUACGCGAGGAUGCAGCACUACGUGAGGGCGGCGCACAAGUACGAGCACCUGACGAUGGAGGACUUCGCCCAGAAGAUGAUAUCGCACGACAUGAACUCCGUUGUCAGUCUGAUCGAGAGGAUACACACGUUCGUCGCGCCCGAGGACGAGGGUUUCAUGAGCUCCGGCAUCCUGGAGCUGCUGGCCAAGACGUUCGAGGAGGAAGCGACCGAGAUCAUCUGCGGUAACCAGCAGCCGCCUCAACAGAUCUUGUACAAUCUCUUUUCGACCAUCGCUGUAACGGAGAUAAAGGGAUACUCCAUGAUCCAAUUCUCCUACAUGCUGUUGAAGUUGUACGGAAAAGGUAAUUUCACCAAGGAAUCGGCGAUCGCGAAGAUGAAGUUCAAGGAGCGCACCAACAAGACCCUGGACAUCGCCAAGAACGCCAUGAACCGAGCCUCGAGGGAGUACUGGAAGUGCGAUCCCCGAAAAUACGUGAAGGGGGAGACGUACGAGGAGCUGACGGAGCUGUUGCAGGGCUACAUCAUCAACGAGGUGGACAUGAACAGCGACAACACGUGCAGGGAGAACUGCGGCGAGUACCAGUACGCCAAGAUGUACGGCUGCUUCAAGAACCUGUUCUGCAGACAGCAGAGGCCCUGCAAGGGCAAGAUACUGAACUGUAAAUACGUGGAUGCGGACAUGGAAGUCUGCAUGGCGGAGGACAAGACCAAUCGCAGGUACGAAUCGAUCGAGUACGAAAACGGUUUGGUGUACGGAAGGAGGCAGGCGUGUAGAAAGGGAGCCACGAAGGUGGACAGUUGGUGGAGGUGGUUGUUCUGGCACUGUUCCUACUGUAUGUGCGUCUGCGACGAACAGGGACGUUCCUCCGACAGGUACUUCAACAUGAGACCGACCUUGGCAGACGUCGACCAAAACAAGGUUGUAACCGGUCUGCGUUUCGUCAAGAAAAACCGAAUAAUCCACCUGCAGAUCCAGCAAGGUACGCUGGAGGAAUUCGGCACCAUCAACUCCAACAGCCUGACCUGGAAGGAGGUGGACAACUACACCAUCUCGGACAGAUCGGUGUACAGCGGUAAGGACUACCACAUAAUGACGUGGGAACAGAGAGCCCUGGACCUCGACGAUCUGGAGGCCGAUCGUAACCACGUCCUCACCGGCGUCAAAUUCAAGAAGAUCGGUUCCCACUUGAACUUCGAGAUCCACACCACCCCCUUCAAUUACACCACCGGCAAGUUGGACCCCAGCAAGAGCGUGUGGAAGGACAAUCCAAACACCGACGCCUCCCAGAAGAAACCCAGGUCCAAGGUGAUGAUGUACAACCCGGACGUGCCGACGAGGACGCCGUCGCCGUCGAUAAAACUGUCGCGCACCGAUCAGUUCAUCGAGUUCACGCACACCGAUUUCGAGAGGGACGCCGCCCAGACCACGGUGCCCUUCUUGGACUCGCAGCCCGUUUCCCUGAUGAAACCCGUUGCUCUGGCCGGAGCCGGGCUCUUCUACAAGGGCCGCAUCAACUUCGGCGGCUUCGUCACGCCCAAGAUAAUCGCCUACGAUUACUCGGAACACCUGGAGCCGAUCUUCCCCGAGCCGGCGCCCAUCGACUCCGACGAGCUGGUGCCGAUGAUCAGUGUCGAGACCCUGGACACCCCCGUACCAGCGGAAAUGAACAAAUACCAAUGAACUAAAGCGGGGUUGGUCCCCCCGUUCAUUUAGUCUAAGUUAAGAGAAUAGUUUUAUGAUAAUCGAAUUUUGUUGUAGGCAUAUCCUAAGGAAAUAAUAUUCAAUAUAAAAUGUGAUAAACGAUUGUUUAGUCUGUGAAACGAGAGCGAGAGAGGUGGUACCAUAGAAUCAAAGUUCGACGUGUCCAUUUUUAAAAAGAUAAUACUCGGUUUGGCAAUCGUCGUAUUUUUAUGUGAUAUGUGUGUAAUGUUAGAUUUUUUUUUAUUUAGUCAAUAACCAGGAACUGCGGGUUUUUAUCGCCCGUUGAGAGAUAUUCUCAAGAAUGCGGAGUGUUCAGUUCCUUUAUCUUUUCAAUAGGGAGUACAAGCAAAACUAUCCGAUGCCAUUCUUUACGAUUUUAGUCUUCUAGAUUAUGAUUCAUAUUGAAUAUUUGGUAAGAUGAAUGUUGAUGAUUGUGAAAUAGUCCUGUAGCGAGCAAAGUAUCCUUAUUUAUCUCAGAUAUUUUUAGUUUAUCUUAACGAUUUGUUUAUGAAAUAUUCCGAUCAAUAAAAUGAUCCAAAACAUA